AUGAAUUGGCGCUUCGAUUUACUUUCCUAUUUUUUCGGCAGUGCCAAGAAACAACAGCGACGCUUGGAGGAGCGAAUGGCAUCCGCUUCUUUGGCAAUGUCUUCUUCCCCAACCACGUCUGGAGAAGGAUUUGAGCGUCCCGAUUUGGCAUCAAAGGCAUCUGGUGCCAUUUUGACUCAUCCAUCUUCUACAGAUGUUGCUUCUAUUGUGAACUUUUUAAUGGAUCAUUUUGUGACCAACGAGCCAAUUCUUUCGAGCCUCAACAUUACGAAUACGCGGGAGCUCAAUAUUCUUCUCAAUGAUCUCGUAGCUGACUCGAUUGGUUGUUCUGGUACAAUGGUGGCACAGAACAAUGAACAUAACGAGUUGAUAGGCGUAUGCUUGUGUAGCCGGCAUAAUCUUCUUGAUCAGCAGCUCGACCGCCUAUGUGGCUACUCCUUCACUGACCCGGGUCUCUCAAUUGCCAUUGAGUUUCUCAAAUAUAUUUUCAAUCGAGUUGACGUUGCUUAUCAUUUGGAAGAGUCUAAUGUCUCAAGGCCAGUUUUUGUCGUUCUUGUUUGCGUCAAGCCGGAAUAUCAAUUGGGUGGCCUUGGAAAACGGUUGAUGAAAGAAAGCCUUGAAUCAGCUCGCGCGUCUUCGGACCGGUGCGAUUCUGCUUUUACGAUUUGUACAUCUGAGUCGGGUCAAGCAUUGUAUGCUCAAACCUUCCGUCAAGUGCUUUCACGGGUCAAAUACAGUGAUUACCGAGGAGAGUUUCGCGAUCCUCCAAUUCAACCAAAAAAUGCCACAUCGUUGCAUGUUCUUCUGGCCAACCUA